UUUAGUAAAGGUGUGAGACCCAACUGGGAAUGUUAACAGUGAGUCAACCUCCCGCAGCAGCAGCAGCAGCAGCAGCAGUGUGAUUGAUCCAACACAUUCCUGCACCUCACAUACACCACGCCACCCUCAUUCACACCUCAUUCCUGCUGUAACUCACAUCUUGACAUUGUUACACAAUGGGUGAUCAAUACCAAGUAAUAACUGCCCCAUUGGUCAAUGUACGCAUUACAAGCAACCUGAAUAGCUUCAUGUCAGAGAAGCGGUACGACCGUGGUUUAACUAUUGGUGAUCUCAAGGGUCGGCUUGAGCUUGUAACUGGAGCCUCUGCUGGAUCAAUGAUUCUGGAAGUUUUUGAUGACAAUGACAAACUAGUUUGUACCCUGAAUGGUGAUGAUUCUGCUCUUUUAGGAUCCUUUAAUGUGGAAGAAAACUACCGUAUUCAUGUUACGGAUAAUUCCAAAAAAAUGGGAGAAUUUGAGGACGUGUCAAAGGUUGAGAAAUAUGAAUUAUCUGAAGAAGAAUACAGCAAACGAAAUGAAAGUGUACGUGCAUUUAUGGUGAAGAACAAACUGGGUAAAUAUAAUGAAGAGGAACAACAAAAGCUUGAAGAGCAGAAAAGGGCUCUUGAGAGAGAAGAGGAGGAGAAAGCCUCAAAAAUUACUGUUGGAAGUCGCUGCGAGGUAAAAGUCCUGGGAGAACCUACGCGUCGCGGUGAAAUCAUGUAUGUUGGGAAGGUGCACUUCAAGCCAGGCAUAUGGGUGGGCGUCAAGUAUGAUGAGCCUCACGGCAAAAAUGAUGGAAGCAUUGGUGGCAAACGCUAUUUUGAUGCUCCAAUGAAGUAUGGAGGUUUCACCCGGCCAGCAUGUUGUGAAGUAGGAGACUUUCCUGAAUUAAGUUAUGAAGAUGAUGAGAUGUAAACUAAUUUUCUAGCCUAAUUUUUAUUGAUAAUCACUUUAUAUUUUCACACUGAAGAUGCUUUUCCACUCGUCAUACAUAAUGGAAAAUUUGUUGUAAUUGCAUCGUGUUGUGACAGAUAAGAUUUGAUGCAGAAGAAUAAACAGGAUACUGGGUGUAGUUUUGAAGCUCUUGUGAUAACACUGAUAUGAGAAAACUUAAUAUAUUUAAAAUGCAUCUUAUAUAGUGAAUUGUCAUAAAUGUUUAUUAAUAAUAGUGCAGCUGAGGAAAAGGUUAGCCUUCUUUUCAGCAGUGUUAAAAAAAAUAUAUUCGAAUGCCUUUUCAAUUUGAAAUAAUUUUUUUGUGGAGUCUGGUUUAGGAAUUUUCUGAUGUUUGGUCAUAUAUUUUUGUAUUUAACAGUGCAUUUUUUACUAACACAACAUAAUGAAAAUUUCAUUUAGCAUGGCAAGAAAAUUUUCUUGUGUAAAGUAGUAAAUACAAUAUAUGUCAUUGUAAGAAAGUUUGUAAAUGUUGUACCCUGAAUAAUUUUUUCAAAGAUGAUGGGGUUGAGAGUAUUUUUAAUUUUAAUGUAUGUAAAGUCAUUCCACAUGUCAUUUCAUUCCAUAUGUCAAUUGGUCUGUGUUAAGUAGCCAUUCCACACUGAUUAGUGGUGACUAUCGAAGAACAAAUGAGCAAAAUAUACUGGGUAAAUUGUACUUUUAAUUCCUUUAUUUUCAAUGCUUAUUCUAAUAUAACUGUAAAUUGUGUACUGUACUAUAUUAGGUAUACAUUAAAGCACCUAAUUUUUCUAGACAUUCUGAUUGAACAAUCCCCCAUAUUAGUCCUUGAUAUCGAGAGUUUACUUCACCAUAAUGAUUUGCCUUAGUGUUUGACAAGCCAUUUUCAUUCAAAGUGAACUAUGUUAACCACAGUGACUGCUUGUGAAGGAAGGCAUACAUGAUGUACUCAGAUUUACUAUAAUUUUUUUUAUUAAUCAACUUUAACUGUGGGUGCAGUAUUAGUCUGACAUUAUACAGGUAUUUCAUUAUGGCCAAAUAAAUAGCUUUAAUAAAAUAUGUUGAUCAA